AUGGCUGAGCUUACCAAACUUCGGUUGUGCGAAAAUCGACCCCGGGUGUUUAUACUCUCCGAUAUCUCGAACGAGCCCGACGAUGACGAAUCUCUCGUCAGAUAUCUUCUCUAUAGCAAUGAAUUCGACACCCGAGGGAUAGUGGCAUGUACAUCAUGCUGGCUGAGACAGAAGGUUUCCCCGGAGAGCAUGGAGAGAAUUGUACAUGCCUAUGCAAAGGUCGUCGACAAUCUCAAUGCCCACGUUCAUCCCAGCAACCCGUAUCCCAGCCCGGAAUAUCUACUUUCUAUCAUCAAGAGCGGUCCUCCAGUUUACGGCCGAGCUGCGCUUGCGCCCGGCGUACCUCUCAGCUCCGGCGCGGAGCUUCUAGUCGAACAGCUAAAAGCUUCAGAAGAACCACUCUGGGUAAUUUCUUGGGGAGGCGCGAAUGUCCUCGCGCAGGCACUUCAGCAUAUACACCAAACAUGUUCGGCGACCGAGAGCGCUGCACUACGGUCGAGAUUGAGAGUGUACACCAUAUCCGACCAAGAUGAUACAGGGAUGUGGAUUCGAGUCACAUACCCGGAUAUUUUCUACAUCUGCUCUGUACACGCCUGGAAGGAGUACGGCAUGGCGGCGUGGAUCGGCAUAUCCGGGGAUGCGCUUGUACCAUUCGAUGAAGGGGGACCGGACGUCACGAAGGUGAAGAAAGAGUGGCUUCGAGAACACAUUCAGAUCGGGCCCUUGGGGCAAGCAUACCCAACGUACUCUUUUAUUAUGGAGGGCGAUACACCGACAUUCUUGUAUCUCAUUCAGAACGGGUUAGGUUCCCCGGAGCACCCGGAAUGGGGAAGCUGGGGCGGCCGUUACGCUCUCAGCGAUAUUGGAGGCGCUUCAAAGCAUUACGCCGAUGCUCGCGACACAGUCGUCGGCAAAGACGGAAAAUCUCAUACCAGCAACCAGGCGACUAUCUGGCGCUGGAGGGAUCAUUUUCAGGAUGACUUUGCGGCACGUAUGCAGUGGAGCUUGGGGAGUGAUAGAUCAAAAGCCAACCAUGCUCCUGUUGCUAUCGUAAAUGAAAGUAAUGCGGGGCCUGAUCCAUUGCUUCUAGAGCCUGUCGCGGGAUCCGAGGUUCUUCUGGAUGCAUCGCAGAGUUACGAUCCGGAUGGUGAUGAGCUCACAUUCACCUGGUUCUUUUACAAAGAGGUGACGUCGGCACAACAAGACAUUCAGUGGAUAGUCCCAGAUCUACAAUGGGACGUCGUUGAGGACGCUCAGAAGCCCAGAGGAAGUGUCAUUCGCGUGAAGAUUCCUCCACCAGCGGAGUGUGCGGUUGAUCUCGUCAAUGGCCAGGCCGUGGAGAAGGGUCAGGCUUUCCAUCUCAUUCUUCAGUUGCAAGACAAUGGAGUCCCCAGAAUGAAUACUUAUAAAAGGGUUAUACUUCAAACGACGAACCCUAAGCUCCUUGGCGGAACCGGGGAGUCAUUUUCUACCUUUACUGAAGUUGUGGAGUCUCGUGGAGAUAUAUAG